GAGGUGUACCGAUAGGUACAAUUGGGGGCGAAAAUAAAAAUAAGAACAUAAUCAUGUCGACGCUCCAGCUGGAAUUUUCCCAGGCAAUGACCGACUUCAAGAAGAUGUUUCCGGACAUCGACCGCGAGGUGAUCGAGGCCAUCCUGAGGGCGAACCUAGGAGCCGUGGACCAGACCAUCGACGCCCUGCUGGCGAUGUCGAUUGACAACCAGAACGAGAAACUGCGCAAUGAACUGGAUGCUAAUGUCUCGCCCCAGCAGAGCCUCAUCAACCUGAACGAUUCGGCCAAGGACCUGCAGCUGGUGGACACCACGGAUGGCGGCGGAGCACCCGGCGCUGCAGGAUCCCUGCUGCCCACAGCAGGCGCCUCGCCGAAUCACCAGAAUACGGGUGCCUCCCCGAAGCAGCGUCCCCUGGGAUCCGCGAAGAUUAGCAGCCAGCAGAACACGCCCACCAAGUCGCGCAGUCGCCGCUGGAAUCCGCCCAUUUUGGGCCCUCUGCCCGCGGGCUUCCUAAGGAUUACUCCGGCUCCCGGGCAGCAGGACUUCGAGCUGCCCGACGAACAGUUCGCCCUGAUGCUGCAGAACGAGGAGUUCAUGAACCAGCUGCGCUGGAACCAGGACUUCAUGAAUGCCUUGGAGAAGGAGCAGAGCGGCAAGGCCAAGGGCGAGGAUGAUGCACCCUUCCAGGAGCGGCUCAAGAACAUGGGCAAGAUGUCGCGCAAGAAGUUCCUGCAGAUGGCACGCGUCUUCACCUGGCAGCGCAACAAGAAGGUGACCACGGCCAAGCAGAUAGACUCGCUGCCGCUGCGCGAGGAGCCGAGCGACGAUGAGGAUCACCGGGAUCACAGGGAUCAGGCCAACCAGCAGCAGCAGCAGCAGUCCAGCCAGCAGCAGCAGGGGCAGUUGCAGCUGCGCAAGUGAAGCGGUUAUCUUAUCUCAACGGCCAUAAUCUCUACCCACAGAAAAA